UCAGCAGUAUAUCCAAUCCAUCCAACAAACUAUCAUAGAGAAAUAUUCAACUCCACUGCGAGAUCUUUCAGCACCGUAAAAUGGCGUUCUACGCGGACGAAGAAGAGGUCUGGAAAUGUCCAAAACACCCUUCCAAGCGUCGCAGGACCGGAAUCUGCCCGACCUGCCUCAAGGACCGUCUCGGCACCCUCUGCCCCGACUGCGCCACCGCGCGCCCCUGCAACUGCUGCCCCACCGCCGCGACGGCCUCGUCUUCCUCCUCCUCCUCUUCCUCUUCCUUCUCUCUCUUCUCCGCCUUCGGCAGCCGACGCGAGUCCUCGACCGGGGCGCUCGGCUCGGUGGGACGCGUGUCGAACCUCAUCGACAGCGAGCCGGCCUUCCGCCGCUCGAGGUCCGUCGCGAUACCGUUCCUCCGCUCCCGGUUCCCUGACCGCAGCGAGUCGGAGAAUCCGAGGAAGUCGUCGUUCUGGUCGGUGUUCAAGACGCACAGGGGGAGGAAGUGCGAAGACGAAGGAGAAGAAGGAGAAUCGAACAGGAACGGGGAGGCGGAGGUGGAGGAUAAUAAUUACUUAAGGAGGAUGAUGAGGAGAUCGAGGUCGGUGGCGUCGGGCAUCGGAGAUGUUAGAUCCUCGGCGUCGAGGAAAGGGAUCAGGGGUUGGCAUUUUCCGAGCCCGAUGGGUGUUUUCCGGCACUCCAAGUCCAAAGUCGUUCACGAGCGAUCCCCUUUGUACAGAGGUUGAUUUAAUUUUGUGCUCAAAUCUAGAAACUCAACAGCUUGAAUACAUAACAACUAAAUAAAAACCAACUAUUUUGACUGUUUUUUUUUUGCAUCAUCUAUUUUGACUAGUUUAGUGGGUAUAAUAGUCCACCGAUGAAAAAACAGUGUUUCCAAUUCUUAUGAUUUGUCUGGAUUGGGUAUUGCAAUUAAUGGAAUGAGCAAUCAUAUGAACUCAAUUUUGGAACACAA